CUUACUCACACCGUACUGCAAUGUGUCGCCAUUCGUCCUCCGACUCGUCGCUGGUUGUUCCUGCUGACAGAGAAGUGUUACCAACCAACGUUAAGCCUCUCCACUACGACUUGACCUUAGAACCAAUCUUCUCCACCUUCAAGUUUAAUGGUCAAGAAACAAUUGAUUUCCAUGUGAACGAAGACACCGACUACAUCACAUUGAACUCGUUGGAAAUCGAAAUCCAAGAAGCAAUUAUCAACGGCUCGGCUGUAUCUGACAUUUCCUUCAAUGUAGACAAACAGACUGUUACCUUCAAGUUGCCACAGCCAUUGGCUCAGGGAAGCAACGCCAAAUUAGCCCUCAAGUUCACCGGUGACUUGAACAACAAGAUGGCUGGUUUCUACCGUUCCUCUUACCAAGAAAACGGGGAAACAAAGUACUUGGCUACCACCCAGAUGGAGCCUACCGACUGUAGAAGAGCUUUCCCAUCGUAUGAUGAACCUUCUGCUAAAGCCAAGUUCACAAUUUCGCUCAUUGCCGAAAAGAGCUUGGUAGCCUUGUCCAACAUGGACGAAGCCUCCACAGUAGAAUUGGCUGACAACAAGAAGAAGGUCACUUUCAACACCACACCCUUGAUGUCUACCUACUUGGUAGCUUUCAUUGUAGGAGACUUGAAAUAUGUAGAGAACAACGACUACAGAGUCCCCAUCAAGGUUUGGGCAACUCCUGGCUCAGAGCACUUGGGUCAGUACUCGGCUGAUAUCGCUGCUAAGACUUUGAGCUUCUUUGACAAGAAGUUCGACAUCCCAUACCCUUUGCCCAAAUGUGACAUGGUGGCUAUUCACGAUUUCUCUGCUGGUGCCAUGGAGAACUUUGGUUUGAUCACAUACAGAACCAUCGACUUAUUAUUGGACCCACUGAACACCAACAUUGUAACGAAGCAGAGAGUCACUGAAGUCGUGAUGCACGAGUUGGCCCAUCAGUGGUUUGGUAACUUGGUCACCAUGGAUUUCUGGGAUGGCUUGUGGUUGAACGAAGGUUUCGCUACGUGGAUGUCGUGGUACGCCUGUGACUCGUUGUACCCUGACUGGAAAGUCUGGGAAUCGUAUGUUUCAGACUCGUUGCAACACGCUUUGACGUUGGAUGCUUUGAGAGCUUCUCACCCAAUCGAAGUACCUGUAAAGAGAGCUGAUGAGAUCAACCAGAUCUUUGACGCCAUUUCCUAUUCAAAGGGCUCUUCAUUGUUGAAGAUGAUCUCCAGAUGGUUGGGCGAAGACGUCUUCAUCAAGGGUGUAUCCAACUACUUGAAAAAGCACAAGUGGGGAAAUACCAAGACUUCUGACUUAUGGGAAGCCUUGAGCGAUGUAUCUGGCCAGGACGUAGUCAAGGUCAUGGACAUCUGGACCAAGAAUGUCGGUUUCCCUAUCGUUCACGUUGAAGAAGCUGGUUCUGACAUCAAAGUCACCCAACACCGUUUCUUGGCUACUGGAGAUGUCAAGCCCGAAGAGGACUCUAUCUUGUACCCAGUGUUUUUAGGGUUGAAGACUUCUUCCGGACUCGACGAGACUGCUGUCUUGGACUCUAGAUCGACUACUCUUACCCUUCCUACUUCUGAUGGCUUCUUCAAGAUCAACGGAGACCAAGCUGGUAUCUACCGUACUGCCUACACCUCGUCUCGUUGGAUUAAGUUGGGUCAAGCUGGUGUUGAAGGCAAACUCUCUGUUGAAGAUCGUGUUGGUUUAGUUGCCGAUGCUGGUUCCUUGGCUUCUUCUGGUUUCAUUGAAACCACCAGUUUCUUGAACUUGAUCAAAUCCUGGAGUAAGGAGUCCAACUUCGUCGUCUGGGAUCAAAUAUUGUCUGACAUCGGCUCUGUCAAGAGUGCUUUCAUCUUUGAAGCCGAAGAAUUCAAGGAUGCCUUGAACUUGUUCACCGUUGACUUGAUCAGCGAAAAGUUGAAAUCUAUCGGCUGGGAAUUCUCGGACAACGAUUCUUUCGCUGACCAACAGUUGAAGGGUUCCUUAUUUGCUUCUGCUGCAAACGCUGGCCAUGCCGAAGUCAUUGACUUCUCACAGAAGUCCUUUGCUGCUUACGUUGCUGGUGACAAAAAGGCUAUCAAUCCAAACUUGAGAGCUACCAUCUUUAAUGUCGUAGCUAAGUUAGGUGAUGAACACACGUUUGAACAGUUAUUGAACAUCUACAAGAACCCACAGAGCAACGAAGAAAAGAUUGCUGCUUUGAGAUCCUUCGGUAGAUUCACUAAACCAGAAAUCUUGGACAAGGUCACCGCAUUGCUUUUGCAAACUGACAUCGUCAAGCAACAAGAUAUCUACAUUCCAAUGCAAGGCUUGAGAGCACACAAACUAGGCGUUGAGAAGUUGUGGGCUUGGUUGACUGAAAACUGGGACAAGGUCUACGAAAUCUUGCCUCCAGGAUUGUCGAUGUUGGGUUCUGUGGUCACUAUUGCUACUUCUGGUUUCACCAAGAAGGAACAAAGGGAUGCAGUUGAAAAGUUCUUUGCUACCAAGAACACCAAGGGGUUCGAUCAGGGUCUUGCUAGAUCCUUGGACAUCAUUGCUUCCAAGGGCAAUUGGGCCAGCCGUGAUGGUCAAGUUAUUUCAGAAUGGUUGUCUGAAAACGGCUACUCCAAGUAACUUUUGCGAGCCAAUAGUUUUAAUGUGAAAUCUACUUGAUGAAAUACUAAUAUAUAUCGUUUCAU